AUGGGCCCUACUCAGACUGGGCCACUGGUUGUGGAGGCUAUUUUUCCAGAACUGGAGGAGAUGGCCGAUGUAGCCCUCCUUGUCCCUGAUGGACCACUGGUAGUGGAGCGGGUGACCCCACAGGAGGAGGAGAGGGUGGAUUCGGCUCCCCCUGGCCUUGAGCUUGCCCAACAUCCUCCAGAAGUGCCUGGAGCUGUGCCUGCACUUCCCCAUUUUGCCCCUGAGGCCACCUUGGGCCCAGCUGCCGUACUAGACCUGCCCCCCAUGCCAUUAGGGUCCACCAUGACUAGUGUGAACGCCCCAGUUGUACCAUCAUCCCCUGUAGAGGACCAGUGUGAAAAAAUACUUGGAGCAGAAGUUAUUGGACCAACAGAUUUGCUAAUAGAAAAUGUUUCCAAUGCUACAUUAAGCUGUAAUGUGAGUGGGCCCAUCCACAGUGCUGAAUGGAUGAAAGAUAAUCAGAAACUGUCAUCUAGCGACAGGAUCACAUUCUCAAAUGAUAACAGAUCAGUGAUGAUCAGUCCAGUGAGGAGAUCAGACAGUGGUGUAUACCAGUGUACAAUCGGCAACGCCAUCAGCUCUAAUAAUGCAACAUACACAAUGAUUGUUAACUUUGGACCAGAUAAUGUGACAAUUAAUGGACCAAGUGAAGUGGAAAUGGGACAAACUGUUAAAUUGAUAUGUAAUACUGAAUCUACACCAAAAGCCUCAUACAAAUGGAUGUUUAAUGGCAGUUUAACUAAAGUGAAUACAACUGAAUAUACUACGAAGAAUGCUGACUUCACACACACUGGAAAUUACAGCUGCAUAGCCUCCAAUCAUGUAACAGGGUUUAACGCCUCAGGAUCCCAUGGUUUGGUUGUAAAAGAAAAGACUGUGAGUGGAGGUGGACAGUCACUGUCUGCAGGAGCUAUAGCUGGGAUUGUUAUUGGAGUUUUGGUAGGCAUCGCUGCAGUUGCUGGUUUGAUUUUUUACUUCAUGAAAAUUAGUGCUCAUGUCUCUGCCCUGCCCAAAGCUCACUGUCAGACAGCAGCUGUAGUGAGAGACCAGUUGCCUAAGUUCAGCUCAAGUGAACUGCUAGCAGCUCAGCAAACUGAUCCCUGCUUGGGAGAGGUGUUGCUUGCUGUACAGCAGCACAAACCCACUGGCAGUAUCCAGCCCAUGGCCAGUCAGUCAUAG